GAGUUCAUGAUUUUCUGAUCCGUGAAACGGAAAGAGAGAGAUUUCCCCUGAGAUAUCUCGCCAUGGCGUCCUUUGGUUCAUCGAAGAAUCUGUUGCUGCCAGUUUCCGAUCCUCCGAGAGGCGACGAGAGCCUCUUCAAAGGCUCUGGCAUGAGUAAAAAGGGGGCCUAUGCUGCAAUUUCGUACAUGGCUUGUGCAGUAUUGCUGAUAAUGUUUAACAAAGCUGCUCUUUCUUCAUAUAGCUUCCCAUGUGCAAAUGUCAUCACACUCUUUCAGAUAAUAUGUUCAUGUGCCCUCCUCUAUACAAUGAGACGGUGGAAAAUUAUUUCUUUCAUGGGUGGUGAAUCCCGAGUUCUGACCGAUAACUCACCAACUCUUGUUCCCCUUAAGACAUUGAUUCAGACAUUACCUCUUGCAAUAACUUAUUUGCUUUACAUGCUGGCGUCAAUGGAGUCUGUGCGUGGGGUUAAUGUUCCCAUGUACACAACCCUUAGGCGGACUACUGUGGUAUUUACAAUGAUUGUGGAGUAUCUUCUGACAAGGCAGAAGUAUGCAUCCUCUAUUGUUGGCAGUGUGGCAUUGAUUGUUCUCGGUGCAUUUAUUGCGGGUGCUCGAGACUUGUCAUUUGACUCCUAUGGCUAUACUAUUGUAUUCAUUGCCAACAUCACUACAGCAAUAUACCUUGCAACCAUAGCCCGUCUUGGAAAAUCUAGUGGCCUUAAUAGCUUUGGUCUAAUGUGGUGCAAUGGGAUAAUAUGUGGACCAGUGUUGCUGUUUUGGACAUUUAUCCGAGGUGACUUGGAGAUGACAAUGAAUUUUCCUCAUUUAUAUACUCCUGGCUUUCAGGUUGUCAUGCUUCUUUCCUGUAUAAUGGCUUUCUUAUUGAACUACAGUAUAUUUCUGAAUACAACUCUCAAUUCAGCACUCACACAAACAAUGUGCGGUAAUUUAAAGGAUCUUUUUACUGUCGGACUGGGCUGGCUACUAUUUGGUGGUCUUCCAUUUGAUUUUUUGAACGUUAUUGGGCAACUUCUUGGCUUCCUUGGCUCUGGUUUAUAUGCCUUCUGUAAACUCAAGGGGAAGUAGCAAGGCAUUCUUCAGGAGCUUAUUUUCAGUCGGAAGUACUACUUGGGUUGGUGAUGCUGAUGCCUUCAUCAUCUCCUAAUCUUGGUUGAAAGGUCACUGCCUUAUAAGUUAUGAGUAGGUCCAGGUUCUUUAUGGCGGCAGAAGAGCUUUUUUUGCAUAGGAAGUGAGUAGCUGUUCCUAGUAACAGGGGAAUAGGGGCCUUUUUUCUGCCCCUCGUUUGAAAUAUUUAUAGUGGGUCAGGAAUAAGAACUUAAAUUUAGAAAUGGUUGAUUGCCACCUGAUGCAAUUCAUUUUGAAUUU